CCACCAUCACCUGAUUCAUCGCUCACACCAGCUUUAUUGUUCUUUUGACACACCGUACGACAGUGAUGGGGACUCGGAAGCUGCUUAGGGACUCAUGACAAGCACUGGACUACUUACGGACCUCAUCUCACCAUGCAUCAUUUCGCCUGAACGUCUCAGGGUUGCACCGUUCGCUUUCGGAACUCUACAAGCUAUGCCGAAUGCAUAGCUUUUAAGAAGCUAGAUAGAUUUAUUCUUGACUCGGCCAUACGUGCUUUGUACCCAUCGACACUGCUGUACGCCAGAAAAUCCAGCUUCUUGGCCACCGUGUACUAGUGUUCUAUAAACGAUGCUGAAUCUUCUAGUCUUUGCCACUAAUUGAAGUUUUCGUAGCAGCUCUCCAAUUUUCUUCUCUCUCGUCAUCGAGAACGUACCCUUUGGUCGUAGAGUUGUUUGGAGGGGAGGACGCUCCUACCUCCAGCAUAGUUUUUUGAUACCUCACCAGGUGAGGUAGUUAGUGUAACAGCGGUUGUCAUGUCUCUCCUCCAUGUAACUAUCAUAGCGAUUCUGUUGGUUUCUUUUCCUCCGACUAUCACAUGCAGUAGGCACCGUUUAGAUAACCAUCAAUCCACUGAACAAAUCGCAGACAGGCAACCGCUUAGGCCAGCGAGAGAUGACCUCGCCUCGGGAGAGUUUGCGAAAUGGGUGAAGAGGAUUGGGGAGAAGCACAUGAGGAAGCAGGCUAUGAGGGCGAAGGCUAAGAAUAAUCCUCAGCUUUUGGACCUGGAUCCGUCCACAGCCGAGCCAGACCUCUCCGAAAUCUACCCCGGGAUGAAGCAAUACCUGGAUUGGGAGAGUGUGGUAUCGUCUGCAACGUAUAUUAUCGUGGAUCAGAAUGGGCUAGGUCAGUUCACUGGAAUUUCGGCUGCUCUGGAUUCUAUUCCCAGUGAUAUAUUUCGCCGCUACCGCAUCACUAUUCAAGUUAAUGCAGGGAUUUACAGGGAGAAGGUGUACAUUGGUAAAGAUAAGCCAUUCAUCACCAUGGUAGGAAUAGGAAAUCCUGUGAUAGUUUGGGAUGACAAUAAGACAAAUGCAAAUAAUCGAACUUUUGAGAGUGCCACAUUCGGCGUGGGAGGAGAUUUCUUCAUGGCUGUCAAUAUGACAUUCCAGAAUUCUGCACCAGCUCCUGAAUCAGGAGCCAUCGGAAUGCAAGCUGUGGCUCUACGAAUCACUUCAGAUGUUGCGGUAUUCUACAGAUGCAGCAUACUGGGUAACCAGGAUUCAUUGUAUGACCACAAUGGUCGUCACUUCUUCAAGGAGUGCUUCAUUCAAGGAAGCAUCGACUUCAUCUUCGGAGACGGUCUCUCCAUCUACUACAGAUGUGAACUUAAUGUGGUGCCAACUUCCUCAGGCGCCGUUACUGCACAGAAGAGGCAAAAUGCAACCGACAACUCUGGUUUUUCGUUCCAGUAUUGCUGGAUCACUGGAGGAGCUGGCCAAGUAUACUUAGGACGCGCCUGGGGCCCAUUCUCAAGAGUGGUGUACUCCUUCACGUGGAUGAACGAUAUCAUUUAUGCUCCUGGCUGGUACGACUGGGGUAAUUAUACCAGACAAGCAACGGUGUACUAUGGGCAAUACAAAUGCACUGGGCCGGGUGCUAAUCAGGCUGGCAGAGUGGCUUGGUCCCAUGAACUCACAGACUUGGAAGUUGUCCCAUUCUUGUCCCUCAGCUUCGUGGACGGAGAGGCUUGGGUUCCGCAGAACAUGAGACCUGUAGAAGGUGGACUAUAAUACAAAGAGUACCAUCCUUCAUUGGCAGAGAUGUGAUUAGAGAUGCUUAGGACCUGGCCAGACACGCCAAGCUGGAACCUCGCCCAGGCUUGGGAGCUCCCCACUCAACGCACCGCGGUAGUUUUCCUUGAUCGAUGUUUUCUGAUCAAUAAGGCUCCAAAUGGGCUGUGAUCUAGACACGCAGGGUAGUUCUAUUCGUUCCAGUAUUCUUUCAACAGAGCCUCAAAUGAGGCAUGUCUUACAGGAUCUGACCAUAAGUGGCCGUUGAGCAGUGACGACGUUGUCUGUGCUGCUUACCAUUGUGGACGCAGGGAAAGCUUGUGCCCUAUUCUACAGGACGUUGUUGUCUCGGGGCAGAAUUUAUUUAAUUUUUAAUUUUUUUUUUUUGAUUUUUAUUUUCUUGCGUUGCACUGUAACGCGUGUGGAAAUAAUACCAGUAGUACUAAUAAUUUACUGAACUCCCUUUACAUUCUCAUA